CUUGUGUGCGCUUGUGUGUACGAGUGUGUGUCGGAUGCUCGUCGCCAUCCACAACCAGAUCGGUUCGAAGGCUCAACAGGGCCUCGUUCAUUUGGUUCAUGUAUCAAGCAUGUCUGCAGCGCCUUUACAAGAUGAUGCAUCCACGGUCGGCAUGGUGGAAGUACAGGAGGAUGACUUUGCGCAGACAGCGGAUCGGUCCAGACGAGUUUGGAAGAUCAACGCUCGCUUGGUGUACGCAGUUAAUUUUGUGCACAUGACUAUGUACACCAUGUGUUUGGGUGGCAUCUUUGACAUAUUUCUUUACAAUUUGUCGCAGGAUCAGAUUACAUUGAUCUCUGAUCCGGUAGUGGUUGGAGCCCGCUCGCCGCCAGUGGCGCCAGUUCACGUCGACACGCAAGGCUCAUUCGAGCUUACGUUUGGCAUCAAACCUGCACGUGAUUUGUCGUACUACCCAGUGGGCUCGCCUUGUAAGCAGAGCUACACAUGCGGCACUUCUAUACUGCACAUCACUGACGGGUCUGGCAAUGGAGACUGCUGCAAGGUUGGCAAUCGGAUGCCCAUGAUCAUGUUCGGAAACGACAGUACGCGUCUCAUGGUGGCAAUGGACGCAGUUGGACAGGACGAGACUAUGACGGUCCGGGAAUACGACAAGCUACAGAAGUGCAGUGCGCAGAGCGAGCUGCCUGUUGAUGUGUGGAGUAAUGUGAAGAUCAAGGCUUGUGCCGCACAGGACGCAAAGGGCAAGCUGAGCCCUAACAGUACGGUUUCUAACGGAGCGCUUGUUCUGUUCGUGAACGGCACAAAAGUGUGCGAAGUGCCUGGGACCGCUUACCAUCAGCUCCCAGAGAGGUUGGCAGCGCAAGUCUUUCUUGGUCCUCUGCAGCCGCCGUUGCAGGAGACGCACAUUGCCGCAAACAUCAGUAUUCGAGACGUGAAGUACGGAAGGCCUGCUUCCAAUCUGUUUGUUGGAACUGUAAACAGCGUGCAGGGUGUGAUGUCCGUAUUGAUAAUGUACCCCAUCGGGUGGCUGGGUGAUAAGAUGAACCGGUACAGUCUUACCAGGUUGACAGUCUUUGUGGGAGCGGCCGCGGCAGCCUUGUUGAUGAACGCCGUGGUACAGAGGGACACCGUGUGGCUCUACGCAGGUGUUAUCGUUUUCACACUCUACCAGCAAAGCAUAUCUUCUACAAUUUAUGCGAUUCUGGCCGAUAACGUUCCCCGACAACGUCGCACGCAGGCCGGCGUCAACUACAAGACUUUCUCGGCCCUCGCCAUGUCAUCGGGUCCUGCUAUUCAGCUUCUCGCGCUCUUGUCGGGGUACGCCUCGGACACCUGGAGCACCGCAACCUUUCAGAUGAUUUUGCUCCCAGGCUGGGCCCUUCUGCCUGUUGUGUGCUUGUUGGCGUUUGCCCUCAAGCCCGUGGGCAAGACCAUCUCGGGCACCCCCAGCGUGGACGAGCUUUUGCUUCCAAUGGAAGGCGCGGAGUCAGCCUCGCCCAGGCAACGCCUCAGCGAGGCGUGGCUGGACGAGCGUGUGGUCUGUUCUGUCAGGCGCCGGUUCGUGGUUGCAACCUCUGUGAACCUGUUUUUCAUAUUGACGUUACUGGCAAACGGCAUGACCGUUCGUUAUUUUAGUUUGUAUUUCACGCAGGUUCUGAAGUUCACACCGGUGUCCAGCUGCCUGCGGCAACGCUCGCCGCCAUGCCAGCGCAGCAGCACUGGCGCGGGUCUCGAACGCCCCCUCCUCGCCCGCGGUCUCUUUCUCCUCCUCUCUCCUCCUUCGUCCUCGUCUUUGUCGGAUGCGUAUUGCCAGGCAUAUUAGGUUAAAGAAGCCUGUCAGCCCCCUCUCACCAGUCAGAGUCGGUUUGGGGAGUCCUUUGUAGCCUUCGGGAGCUCGUCGAGCCGUUUUUGGAUUGUUUUGUUGGCAUCUAGUUGCCGUUAUGUGCCUGUGUGCUUUGCUGUCCUAGAGCCGCCUUGAGGUCGACAGAGACUCUGGAGAGCAACUUCGCUGCGCGUGUGUGUUUGUUUUUUUUGGGGGGGGGGAGCCCG